AUGGCAAAGGGAUCAAAGUGUACAUGGGGAAAUUGGAUCGGCUACAUAAUCUUUCCGUUCUCUAUUUCACUCUGCGAUGACCCAUUGGAACAUCUCCGACGAGCCAAGUUCAUAAUCGACAGGAAGAAGAACUCGUUUGAAGCCCUGCUAACGUUCAUUGUUGGUAAUUUCAUUCUAAAAUCGUUUGGGGUUCAGAGGGCAGCAAAUAUACUAAAGAGAGCAUUGUCAAACACAACGAUGUCAUUUUCAAACAUGGUUGGUCCGAUUGAAGAAAUCAGCUUCUAUGGCCAUCCCGUCACGUACAUGGCCCCAAGUGUGUAUGGUCAUCCCCAUGCAUUGACGAUGCAUUUUCAAAGUUAUAUGAACAAGAUGAAACCGGGGCAUCUAAUUCUGGUGGUUAAGGGUUCACAGCUGUGA